AAAUCUGGAUCCAAAAAAAAAAAAAAAAAAAGAAAAGAAAAAAUGGUCGUCGUCGUUGAAUGAGUGGAAGUGAGGGGAGAGGGUCGACACUCCCUGGAGCCUGGAGCCUGGAGCCUGGAGCCCUGCAACAGCAAGGUCUAGGGCAUGCUGCCAUGGAUCAUCAUCAGAAUUCAGGUCUGCAAUUAGAGGGUUUUGGUUUGGAGAAGGCGGCGAUGGGGAAAGAGAGGAAGGAAGGGCAAAGAAGAGGGAAGCUGAUGAACCUCCCUUACGAUAUCCUCCUCGAGAUCCUCUCAAGACUUCCCGCUAGGUUUCUCCUUCAAUGCAGGUGCGUAUGCAAAUCCUGGCUCACUUUGGUACGCGAUCCCCGUCUCGCUAAAAUGCACCUCGCUCGAGCAUCCCAGCACAGAAACCCUAGUCUUAUCUUCAAUUUCCGUGAUAAUGGAACCGCAGACCUUAAUCUCAUCCUCAAUUUCCAUGUUAAUGGAAAUCGUGUUCUUUAUCUUUUUGAUCUCAACGAAGAGGGCUGUGAGGCAGUAACCAUAGAGUUGCCCUUCCUUUCCUCUGGUUCACCGAAUCCUUUUUCCAUAUUGGGUUCGUGCAAUGGUUUGGUAUGUGUAGCGCGUGGCUUCAGUUUGCCGAGUGAUCCCGAUAUCUACAUUUUCAAUCCCAUCACUAGAGAAUGCACGAUGCUUCCGGAACCUUGCAUCGCACACACUUCCAGAGCUGAUUAUGCAUUCGGUUACCAUCCCGCCACUGAUGAGUACAAGGUCGUAAGAACACUUUUCACUGGAACUAAUCCUUUGACCGGCUCUUAUCAAACCAAAGUCGAAGUCUAUACCCUUGGCUCCAAGUCGUGGCGAAGGUUGGAAGAUACAGAGUUCCUGCUUUGGGCCUCUCCAAGUUCGCUUGUCAACGGAGCUAUACAUUGGUUGUCUGGUUAUCACCUUGGAUCGGGGAUUUAUUUAAUCGUCUAUUUUGAUGUUGGGGAUGAAGAGUUUCGAGUUCUGGAUCCUCCUUCUGAACUUAACCCAAGUCGAGAGAAGGGUUGUGCCUCACUUGUUGUGUUAGAAGGCUGCCUUUCUUUAGCUUAUGCCCCUGAUGAUGGGGGAAGUCUUGUGGUUUGGGUGAUGAAAGAAUAUGGAGUCAAGGAGUCAUGGACUAAACAAUUUGUCAUCCAACGAGGAGCAGUAUUCCCACCUAUGAAUUAUCUUCAACUACUGUGCCUGUUGAAGAACGGUGAAAUACUACUAGAGCACACAAUCAAGAGAUUGUUUUGUUACAAUCCAAACACUAAAAUGGUUAGACAUCUCGCGAUACAUGAUCUACCAAAUUGGAUUAUGCACCCAACACAUACUUAUGUCCAGAGCCUUGUUUCACUCUGGACCAACAACGGUGCGGAGGAGUAAGUACCGGGAGAAAAGUGAUCUAUCUUAGGCGAUUUACUACAUGGACUUGUAUUUACGUGUUUUGGCAUUCUGCUGUUUGUUCUGUAUGACAGAUUAUCUAUCUCCGUUUCGAAUGCAGUUGUAAUCUAAUGUUUGAUUAUUACGUACAGCCUGGUUCUUGAUUAAGAAAAUGUAAGAACUCGUUCACUCGGUAUGAUAUUGGUUUCUCUUAA